AUGUCGGGCACCACUAUUGACGAUGUCGUGAAGCGACUGAGCGCUGCCGACAUAGAUGUCAGGCUUAAGCUCGAAGCUGCAACCACGUUGCGUGACAGCUUGGAUCACUACACCACCGGUCCCAUAUACCCGCCCUUCUUGAAACGCUUGAUGCCCAUCUUUAUGGGCAUUCUUCGAGGACCAUGUACUUUCCAGAGCAACUCACCGGAGCAGAAACUCCGAAAUUGCAUCCUCGAAGUCCUCCACCGAUUACCUACCCAGCCUAGCCCCGCCGAGCCGUUCGAACCCUUCGCCGAAGAAACCGUCGAUUUGUUGAUGCAACUUGUACGAACAGAUAAUGAAGAAAAUGCGACGCUAUGUGUGAAAAUCACAUCGGACAUUAUGCGGCACCAGCACAAGGUGCUGCAAGGCAAAGUCCAGCUCUUCCUCUCGUUGAUUCAGGAACUCUUCGAACAGAUGGAGAAGGUGGUACGCGAACAACUCGAUAAUGCUCCUCACAACGCGCCGUCACAACCAGGCGCACCCUCGACCCCAGGCAGCUCGCAGACGAACUUCCAAUCCCCACGGCCCGGCUCGCCCGUUGCUUCAGUGAACGACCUCGGAGCCGACCCCCAGCAACAGAACCGACCUCUGCUGAAGGGCAUGCAGUCCUUCAAGGUCCUCUCUGAAUGCCCCAUCAUCGUUGUGUCGAUAUUCCAGGUCUAUCGUAACACAGUGGCACAAAAUGUUAGGAAGUUUGUUCCCCUCAUCCAGAAUGUGCUGUGCCUGCAAGCAGCGGCCCAACAACAAGCCCACGCGGAUGCCGCCGCAAAAGGCACGAUUCACACUGGAGUCAGCCCUGCGAUCAAGAACCGGGCAGCAUUCGGAGAUUUCAUUACGGCACAGGUUAAGACCAUGAGCUUCCUGGCCUACCUACUGCGCCAGUAUGCUUCGCAAUUGAACGAUUUCCUCCCCCGCUUGCCCGACAUUGUGCUGCGACUUCUGAAGGAUUGCCCAAGGGAAAAGUCUGGGACACGAAAGGAGCUGAUUGUCGCAAUCCGCCAUAUCAUCAACUACAACUUCCGCAAGAUCUUCAUUCCCAAAAUCGACGAAUUGUUGGACGAACGGACACUCACGGGUGACGGCCUUACCGUUCACGAGACUAUGCGUCCGUUGGCGUACAGCAUGCUUGCGGAUCUCAUUCACCAUGUUCGAGACUCCCUGAAGCCAGAGCAGAUCCAGAAGACUGUUGAGGUGUAUACCAGGAAUCUCCAGGAUAACUUCCCGGGCACGAGCUUUCAAACGAUGAGCGCUAAGCUCCUCCUCAACAUGGCAGAGUGUAUUGCGAAGCUUCCGAACAAGGUCGAUGCGCGACACUAUCUCAUCAUGAUUCUCAACGCGAUUGCCGACAAGUUUGCCGCCAUGAAUCGACAAUAUCCCAAUGCGGUGAAACUCUCGGCACUCUACCGAGAGCAGAUGAAGGCUGGCACGCCUGAGACAUACCUGGCUGACAAGAACAACCCUCCCGACUGGGACGAGACGGACAUCUUUGCCGCAGUGCCCAUCAAGACCUCAAACCCGCGUGACCGAGGUGCUGAUCCAGUUGUCGAUAACAAGUUUCUCUUCAGGAACCUAAUGACAGGCCUUAAGAACACCUUCUAUCAGCUCAGAACAUGCAAUGUUGGGUCUCCCAUCGACCCACAGAAUGCGCCUGCUCAUUGGCAGGAUGUUUCUUAUGGCUUCACUGCUGAGGAGGUUAAGGUCAUCAUCAAGCUCUUCCGAGAGGGUGCCUAUGUUUUCAGAUACUACGAGAUCGAGAAGCCUGCAGCCGAGUCUCAGUACAUGUCUCCUGUGGAGUAUAUGGCUAACUUCUACAUGGUCUCAUGUAGCAAGGAAGAGAAGGACUUGCUCGAGACCUUUGCUACCGUCUUCCACGCGAUUGAUCCAGCAACAUUCCACGAAGUGUUCCAGCAGGAGAUUCCCCGUCUUUACGACAUGAUCUUUGAACAUACAGCGUUGUUACAUAUCCCCCAGUUCUUCCUUGCCAGUGAAGCCACCAGUCCUAGUUUCUGCGGGAUGCUUCUGCAGUUUCUCAUGGAAAGGAUUGACCAAGUGGGCUCUGCCGACGUUAAAAAGUCUUCGAUCUUGUUGAGACUCUUUAAGUUGGCGUUUAUGGCGGUGACACUGUUUGCCAGCCAGAACGAGCAGGUUCUCUUGCCCCAUGUCGUCAAUAUCGUCACCAAGUCCAUCGAGCUGUCGACAAAGGCCGAAGAGCCCAUGAACUACUUCCUCUUGUUGCGCUCAUUGUUCCGCAGCAUCGGCGGUGGCAAGUUCGAGCAGCUCUACAAGCAAAUCCUUCCCCUUCUUGAGAUGCUGUUGGAUGUGCUCAACAAUCUGCUCAUGGCAGCCAGGAAGCCGGCCGAGCGCGAUUUGUACGUGGAGCUUUGUCUUACAGUCCCGGCUCGCCUUAGCCACCUGCUACCUCACCUGAGCUUCUUGAUGCGCCCGCUGGUGGUCGCGUUGCGCGCCGGCACAGACCUUGUUGGGCAAGGCUUGAGAACCCUUGAGCUAUGCGUUGACAAUCUUACGGCUGACUAUCUCGACCCCAUCAUGGCCCCUGUGAUCGAUGAGCUCAUGACUGCCUUGUUUGACCACCUCAAGCCGCACCCCUACAGCCACUUCCACGCUCACACAACAAUGAGAAUCCUCGGCAAAUUGGGCGGCAGAAACCGCAAGUUCAUGACUGGAGCUGUUCCUCUUGCCUACAGAGAGUACGCGGACGACCCCUCGAGCUUUGAUCUGAGACUUCUCGGUUCCAAGAAGGAUAGAGCUUUCCCUGCUGAGAUGGGCAUCGAGUUUGCUAUUCAGAAGCUCAUGGAAAUUCCCAAGGCGACCAAGAACAACCAGAAUCGACAGUACGAUGGAUACUACAAGAAGCAGGCUCUCAACUUGAUCAAAUCACAACUGAAGCUACGCAUCGGAUUCGACCAACUUCCAGACGACCUUCCACGGCUAUUGCGUCUGCAGGCCGAGGAUCUGGUUGCUCGCAAAUACGACAUCAACUCUGCCCCUUUUGAGAUUUCGGACCGCGAGCGGUCUAUUCCCAAGAAGGAGAGCGAGGACUUGACUGUCAAGCAGCUCUUGAAGGCAGUCAUGUUUGCUGAGUCGAUUCCCGAAUUCAAAGAGGAAGCAAGUGCUUUCCUGCUGAACGUCUGCAAGCACUUUGCAAUCAUCGAGGUCGGUCGGGCUCUUGUGGACCUGAAGCGGAAUUUCAGCCCCUUCGACCCCAAUGCUGGUGAAGGUCCAUUGCAUAUUGACACGCGGAAUUUGUCGGAUGCCAUUGUUGAGUCCCUUGCUUCAGACCACCCUGAUGUACGUGAGGCUGGUCAACGAGCCAUCCGCGAGAUGCAUACGUCCACUGCGAUUAUCUUUGGGUCAGACACUGAAGUCGGCAAACUCCCAUUCUUCAGCCACCUCAGCAGCACCUUCUGCCACAGCUGUUAUGAAGAGGAAUGGUUUACCAAGGCUGGCGGUAGCCUGGGAAUCAACUUUCUUCUGACAGAGCUUGACCUUGGCGAUGCUUGGAUUUCCUCUAAGCAGAGUGAAUUCAUUCGCGCGCUCACGUAUGUGAUCAAGGACAUGCCACAGGACCUUCCUGAGAAGACUCGGUGCCUGGCUCAGACAAGUCUCGAGGUGCUUUUGCAGCGCAUCACAAAGGACAUCACGAAAGACGAUGCUCUCCCCAUUGUGCCACCACAGGGCCAGCCACCCAAUCCUCAGGUCAAGCAACCCCGGCUUGCUCAGAUCUGCCUGCAGUUUAACAACGAGCUUUCCCAUAUGAACAAGCAUGUUCGCGAAACUGCUAAGCGAUCCCUGGAACUCAUCGCAAAGGCGGCCAAAUGUGAAGUCUGGGAACUUCUCGAGCCUUACAAGGAUAGGUUCCUUCAGCCAAUCUACGCCAAGCCUUUGCGCGCGCUGCCUUUUGCAAUCCAGAUUGGCUAUAUCAACGCCAUGGACUAUCACAUGAGCCUGAAGAACGACUGGGUGACGUUCGACGAGAACUUGAACCGUCUGUUGAUGGAGUCUUUGGCUCUGGCUGAUGCGAGUGACGAGUCCUUGGCCAACAAGCCCGCUGAGUUCCGCACACAUGAGAACAUCGUUAACCUUCGGGUCUCGUGUAUCAAGCUCUUGACGACUGCAAUGACUUUUGAGGAGUUCUCGAAUAGCCCGACCAAGACUAAGAUUCUUGGCGUGUUUUUUAAGUGCUUGUAUUCCGAGUCGAAGCCAACUCUGCAAGCAGCCAACGAUGCCUUGCGGUCGGUUCUCUCUGUUGAUAGGCGUCUGCCGAAGGAGCUUCUGCAGGGAGGGUUGCGUCCCGUUCUUCAGAGCCUUUCGGACCCCAAACGCCUCAGUGUCUCUGGACUGGACAACUUGUCCAGACUACUGAAGUUGCUCACAAGCUACUUUAAGGUCGAGAUUGGAGCCCGUCUACUUGACCAGAUCGAUUCUAUCGUUGAGCCAAGUGCACUGCAGCAGAUUUCGUUCACUUUCUUUGACCAACAUCCUCAGAUGAAGGUCAUCACAGCCAUCUUGAACAUCUUUCAUCUACUACCAGCACUUGCUGAGGGAUUCAAGGAGCGCUUGAUCGACUGCUUCCUCGGCUUGGAAGACAAACUUCGCAGAACCCAGCAAAGUCCAUUCCGCCUGCCCAUGUACAGGUAUCUCAACCGGUAUCCCAAGGAAAUCUGGGCCUAUCUUCUCGGAAAGCUUGACGACCUCAAGUAUGGCCGAUUCCUGGCCCAGGUUCUUCGCCAUGCCGACAGCAAUGCCCUGCGAGAAGUGGCAGUUGAGAACGUGGAGGGAUUGAUGAACCGCUGCAAUGAGAUCAUGAGCCAGAACAACGAGGCCAAGUUCAUCGCCAUGGUCAACACCAUCCACAUCUUUGAGUCUAUCAGCCAUUUCUCCAGCUCUGAGAAGUGGAUGGACAAGAAGGAGAAUUUGGACUGGCUGAAGAACAUUGGCAAGGAGCUGGAAACAAACCUUCGACAGCACACCCUUCCUGCUCACCUUCGAUUGCCCGCGUUCCAAGCAGCAGAGCAACUCAUGACGAUUCUUGUCAAGUCACUUGAAAGGGCCCCCAAGGAUCUGGACGCUCUCUUUAGUCUGGUUGAGUCUGUGACUUCUGAUCAGCUUCGCAGCAGUCAGGAACUCUUCUCGUUCAUUUACGAGAAGUUAAUCUGCAGUGAUGCCAUCGACUUUUGGAAGACGACCAUCCUUCGCUGCUUGGAGGUUUACGCGGGCAAAUCGGCAUCCAACAAGAUGAAGCACUUCCUGCUACACUACAUUGUCAACCCAAUCGUGGCCAUGGAUGUGAAGCGUCGCUGGAACCAGCUGGAUCAGAACAAGAGCCCCAGGCUCAUGGACCGAACUGUGAUCGAGUCUGUCAGCAGCAAGAUCUGGAAGGUUCAUCCAGAAAUGACCAUGGAUGAUCAAGCCCAGCCUGGCAUCGACUUUACCCGCUACGAGGUGCUGCAGCUCUCAGCGAUGUUGGUCAAGUACUAUCACACUACGCUACAAGAAGCGCGUAAGGAUAUUAUCAAGUUUGGCUGGACAUUCAUCCGGCUUGACGAUGUGAUCAACAAGCACGCCGCCUACGUCGUUAUUGGGUACUUCAUUGCCCACUACGAGACGCCUCCCAAGAUUGUCACACAGGUCUACCUUUCACUCCUCAAGGCCAACCAGAAUGAGGGACGCGCACUGGUGACACAAGCACUGGAGUUGAUUGCACCUGUGUUGCCCAAGCGAUGUGGAACUGGCCCAAGCGAGCGAAACGCUUUCUGGGCUGUUGCACCUCGUCGGGUUCUCGCAGACGAAGGACAGAAUGCUCAACAGAUGACGAGCAUCUUCCACUUCCUUGUCAAACACCCAGAACUAUUUUACGCUGCCCGUGACAAGUACAUUGUUCCGAUGAUCUCAUCGUUGCGCAAGCUUGCAACUCCCCAGAACGCAUCCCAUGAGAGCAAACGGCUCUGCCUCAACAUGAUGUGGCUGAUUUGGACUUGGGAGGAAUGGCGGGUUGAAGGAAAGAAGUCUCCCCUGCUUCAAACAAGAUCUCUCUCUGAAUCGCCGAACGCGAAGAAAAGAAAAUUCGAGACUGAGCAACCGAAUACUUCCUCACCAAUGGCUCGCCAUGCGGAGCGAGUCGAGUACCAGAUUCCUCCUCCCUACCGCUUGAAGAUGAUCAAAUAUCUCGUCGAAUUCAUCGCUCAGCUGAACGAACGUUAUGAGCUUCCCUCAGCUAAACCUCGGGAUCAAACCGCGUCUUCCAUCCCCCCCGUUCCACUAGCCUUGACGGACCUCUGCAAGAAGGCUAUGACGCUGCUUCACAACUUGGUGCAGCCUCAGUAUUGGGGUGACCUUGACCUCGACUUGUUUCCUAAUGUUACUCAAGUCAUUUUGGCCAGCGAGAAGACGCAGACAAUCCUCAAUGCUGAUCCAUCCGACAAGGAAAAGUAUGAUGAGAAGUUCCUGACAAACAUCAUCAACACGCUUCAAGUGGUUCGCAUUGUUCUCAACUCCAAGUCAGAUGAUUGGAUCCAGAAGAAUAUGCCAACCAUUCAGAAGACUUUGGAGAAGUGCCUCAAGUCAGAGAACCCUGAGAUCCAGGACUGCUUGCACUUUUCUGACAAGAAGUUGGAUGAUGAUCGCGAGCUCCAUUCAAUCAUCAAGCGCAUCCUGGAUUCUGUCCCUGAUGAUACGCCAAUGGACGACGCCGAUGGCGAUGGCGAGACAGAAACUCAAACGUCAGAGAUCGUCGCGUACCUAUCCCAGCUUGCUACCGAGGCGAUGAACAGCAACAGCUACACAUCUGGUGUCAACAUUCUAUGGUCUCUUGGCAACCGAAAGCCGACCGUCAUCGACCAGCACAUCAUGUCUCUGAUGAAGGCUCUUCAAGGGAAGCAUGCACGAGAACAUGUACAGCACUACAAUGCCAUCCAGAACCAAACCAAUGGAGCCAACAACAGGAACCAGGACCCCAACACACCCACUGGCGAGAUGUCGGCUUAUGACCUCGACAUCCAGACCAAGCUCAUGAUCAAGGAGAUCCAAGUGGUAGCCCUGCGAAUGGAGGUGCUUGGGGACAACCGUCGACCCUUCCUCAGCGUUCUUGCAACGUUGGUAGAGAAGUCGAUGCAUAUUGAGUUGUGCAAAGAAAUUCUCAACAUGGUCGAAGGAUGGGUGUUCAGGUCUGAAGGAACAUGGCCGACUCUUAAGGAGAAGACGGCUGUUCUGCAUAAGAUGCUUUCAUUUGAGCACCGACAGGAUCCUACCAUGUUGUCCCAGUUCUUGGAUCUCGUCAUCCGCAUCUACGAGGAUCCCAAGAUCACUCGUACAGAGCUCACGGUGCGGAUGGAGCACGCGUUCCUCAUUGGUACCAGGGCGACUGAUGUCGAGAUGCGCAAUCGCUUCAUGGCCAUCUUUGACAAGAGUCUGUCCAAGUCUGCCAGUGCACGUCUCUCUUAUGUCCUGACAUCGCAGAACUGGGAGACCCUUGCUGACUCGUACUGGCUCGCACAAGCUACUCAAUUGCUGCUUGGCGCUGUGGAGAUGAACGCCAACAUCCAACUGGACCAAGGCGACUUCAAGACGCUGCCCGUUUCUCGUCUUCUGACCAUCUGCACCAAGGAGAUGGAAGCUAGGGAGCCGACAGUCAUGAUUGAUGACAAGUUUGAGUCUUUCAUGGCCACCCAUCGACGCUUCAUUUCGGAAAUCGGUGAUGUCAAGGUUCGAGAUGUCAUCGAGCCUUUGAUGCAGCUCCAGCACGUCGACCCACAGCUCGCUCACAACUUAUGGGUGACUCUCUUCCCUAUCUACUGGUCCGCCACUGCCAAGGACGAGAGAGUUGACCUCGAGCGUGGCAUCGUGGCGUUGCUCACCAAGGAUUACCACAGCCGCCAAAUCGACAAGCGCCCCAACGUCGUUCAGUCACUCCUUGACGGCGCUGCCAAGACCUGGCCCGAGUGCAAGAUUCCACCGCACGUGCUCAAGUUUGAAGCCAAGACCUACGACGCGUGGUAUACAGCUCUUGUGCAGCUUGAAAAUGCCGCCAUCAAGCCGCAAGUUGAAUCUACCACGGUCCGCGAGAGCAACCUCGAUGCGCUUGUCGAGCUUUAUGCUUCCCUUCAAGAGGACGACCUGUUCUAUGGCACCUGGCGACGACGCUGCCAGUUUGUUGAGACUAAUGCAGCAUUGUCGUAUGAACAGAAUGGCAUGUGGGACAAGGCCCAGAAGCUUUACGAGAAUGCGCAGAUCAAGGCCAGAACUGGCGUCAUUCCAUUCUCGCAAGCAGAGUACAUGCUCUGGGAGGACCACUGGGUUCUCUGCGCGCAGAAGCUUCAGCAGUGGGAGAUUCUCCAAGACUUUGCCAAGCAUGAGAACUUCCAGGAUCUUCUCCUCGAAUGUGCCUGGCGAAACACGGACAUGUGGCAAGAAGAGCAGCACCGAGAGGCUCUGGACAACAUUAUCAAGGGCGUCAUGGACGCUCCAACUCCUCGCCGAGCCUUCUUCCAGGCGUUCAUGUCGCUCCUCAAGUACCACAACCAGCAGGAAACCCAGGGGGACUUCUCUCGUGUGUGUGAUGAGGCUAUUCAGCUGUCGAUCCGCAAGUGGCAUCAGCUGCCCGUGCGAUUGACAAACGCCCACAUCCCACUUCUUCAGAACUUCCAACAACUGGUUGAGCUACAUGACGCUAGCGUCAUCUGCCAAAGCCUUGCUAAUACCAACCAGACGAACCUGGAUGUCAAGUCUGGCGAGCUCAAGCUACUUCUCGGUGCUUGGCGUGAUCGACUCCCCAACGUCUGGGAUGAUAUCACGGCUUGGCAAGAUCUAGUAACAUGGAGACAACACAUCUUCAGCCUCAUCAACCAAACAUACCUGCAGCUGCUUCCUCAACAGGGUCAGCAGAAUGCCGGUGGAGCGUCCUCGUUUGCCUACCGCGGCUACCAUGAGACUGCCUGGAUCAUCAACCGCUUCGCCCAUGUUGCACGCAAACACAGCCUGCCAGAAGUCUGCAUCAGCCAGCUUAGCCGCAUCUACACGCUGCCCAACAUUGAGAUUCAGGAAGCUUUCCUCAAGUUGCGAGAGCAGGCCAAGUGUCACUACGAGAACCCCGACGAGUUGACGAGUGGACUGGAUGUUAUUAACAAUACGAACCUCAACUACUUCAGUCCACAACAGAAGGCCGAGUUCUACACACUGAAGGGCAUGUUCUUGGAGAAGCUUAAGCAGAAGGAAGAGGCAGACUCCGCAUAUGGUACAGCUUUGUACUUCGACAUCGGCGCAGCCAAGGCUUGGGCUGAAUGGGGCUACUUCAACGAUCGCAAGUUCAAGGAGGAUCCCAGCGACCUUAACGCAGCCCGACAGGCGCUUACGUCCUACCUACAAGCUGCCGGCAGCUACAAGAAUGCCAAGUCUCGAAAGCUUCUGGCAAGAAUCCUCUGGCUCCUGAGCCUGGACGACGCCAAGGGCACGAUUGCCAUGGGCUUUGACGACUUCAAGGGUGAUACUCCAGUAUGGUACUGGAUCACGUUCAUCCAGCAGCUGAUCACUGGCCUCGGUCACAAAGAGGCUCCUCGCGUGUUCCAGCUUCUCUUGAAGAUUGCUAAGUCCUAUCCUCAAGCGUUGUACUUCCAGCUUCGAACGAACCGCGAGGAUCUGCUUGUUAUCAAACGCAACCAGGAGGCUAAGGAGAGAGCGGCACGGCAGCGAGCGCAGUCGGUGGCGUCUACCGGAAAGGCGAGCGCCUCGCCUUCAUUGACAAAGCUGGAACCUCCUCGCCCUGGAUCUGCAUCAUCCCGGCCAAGCACAGCGAACGCGGCGGAUGGCACUCCAGUUAAGGCCGAGGCCGAAGCCAACGGAAACGCGAAUGGUACUCCGGCGCCAGCAACCAACGGACAAGAUCCCUCCAAGACACAAAAGCCUCAGCCCCAGCAGGGCCAGGCUGGGAAGAAGCCGCCGUGGGAGUACACUGAAGAGGUCAUGUCUGUGCUUAAGACGGCAUUCCCUCUUCUGGCGCUCUCGAUGGAGACUAUGGUUGAUCAAAUCCAAAAGAACUUUAAGUGCCCUCCGGACGAAGACGCCUACAGACUCAUCGUCGCGUUGCUCAACGAUGCUCUCGCCUACGUCAGCCGAACGCCUCCUUCAUUUGCCAAGAAUGUCAAACUGCCCUCUGCCACUGAAGUCAAUAUCACUCGCUUUGCGGAAACAAUCCUGCCCAGCCACAUCAAGAAGUCGUUCGAGGCGGACUUUGUCGACGUCAAACCCACUAUGUACGAGUACAUCUACAAGCUGCGCCGCUGGCGAAACAAGUUUGAGGAGAAGCUGGAUCACCGAGUCCCGCGUGCCUCUCUUGAGAACUUCUCUCCCCAUCUGAGCGAGUUCCGGUACCAGAAGUUUGACGAGGUCGAGAUUCCUGGACAGUAUCUGCAACACAAGGACAAGAACCAGGACUUCAUCCGAAUCGAGCGGUUCCUGCCCAAUGUCGAUCUCGUUCGUUCUAUCAGCGCGUCGUAUCGCCGUAUCAAGAUGCGUGGACACGACGGAAGCAUUCACAAGUGGGCUAUUCAGCAUCCUGCGGCCCGUCACUGCCGACGAGAGGAGCGUAUUCUGCAGCUCUUCCGGUCGCUCAACCAGACGCUGGGUCGCAAGAAGGAGUCCCGACGACGCGACCUGCAGUUCACGAUCCCCAUCAUGGUUCCCUUCGCGCCACACAUAAGACUUGUGCAGGAGGACACAUCAUACACGACCCUUCAGGGAGUGUACGAGGAUCACUGCCGCAACAUGGGCAUGUCGAAGGAUGACCCCGUGCUGUUUACUAUGGAGAAGCUUCGGGGUGCAUUGGAGAGCAAGAGCUCGGUAAGUUAUUCCAGAGUGCAGCGAGCGAGAAUGAAAUCUAACUUGCAACAGAACAAGCCUGAGCAGGCAGCAACAGCUCGCCUAGAGGUGUUUAACGCUAUCCAGGAGAAGUGGGUGCCAUCGACGGUGGCGCUCGAGUACUUCCAGAAGGUGUUCCCGCAGUUUGCAGAGUUCUGGCUGUUCCGACGACAAUUCUCGUACCAGCUCGCGGCGUUGACGUUUAUCACGUACAUCAUGUACAUGCACAACCGCUACCCACAGAAGAUCAACAUUUCCAGGGCGACGGGCAAGGUUUGGGGUUCUGAGAUGAUGUCGUAUAUGAGCGCAUCCAAGCCCUUCUUCCAUAACCCAGAGCCGGUGCCGUUCCGACUCACGCCUAAUCUUCAGACACUGAUGGGACCUCUGGCGACAGAAGGCAUCUUUGCCUGCUCGCUGAUGGCGAUUGCGCGGUGCUUGACGGAGCCCGAGUACGAAUUGGAGCACGCCUUGACACUGCUGGUGCGUGAUGAGAUGCUGUUCUGGUUUACAGGCAGCCACAGAAAUGGAGUCAUCACCGAGACUCAACUGCGAGACUCUGUGCAAAUGAACAGUGACUCGAUCGUUAAGAGGGCGAUCAGCUUGGCUCACAGCCCCGUUGGAAACCUGCCAGCGAACCAGACGGUGAUUGAUGCCAUCGCCAAGGCCGUCAAUCCCAUGAACUUGGCACAGUGCGAUGCGCUGUGGAUGCCGUACCUGUGA